GUCGCUGCGCGGGCACGAUUUCAGGACCAAGGACAGCCGCUCGCGCUGAGCAUCAGGUCAUUGGAUCCUCAGCAAAGCAGAACCUCGGACGGGAGUCGUGACAAGGAGACAUGCAUCUCUCAAAGACAAAGAAAACACAAGCUCUCCCAAAACUGUUUGUAGGCCAAUAAUAUAUAUAUAUAUUUUUGUUGCGUCAAUGAAAAUCAACCGGAUUUACCCACCACAAAGCAAAUGUGUUAUUGUCUUUUUUUAUGGAAGUGUAAGGCAGGUUUAGAGAUCAGCUGGAGAAAAAACUAAUGAUGCACAUUCCUCGACAGGGCGGACUAAUGUAAUUGCAUUCCACUGGUAUUGCUGUUAGCACAGGGUCGAGAGGACGCGUGAUCCAUGCGGAUCGGUUAGCUGGGCUGGCUACGACGCACAUCCACUCAACAGGAGACUCGGUCUGGCAGCUGUGUCGAUGUCAAAAUGCGUGUAUUUCUGCUUGCGUUUUUCAUCUCCUGCUCCUGUGCGGGUGGUGGAUGUGAACCUAAGAUUGUCAAUAUCGGAGCGGUCCUGAGCCAGAAGAGAUAUGAACAGGUGUUCAAGGACGCCGUCACCCAGGCAAACACUCUGUAUGGGAAAGAUAAGUUCAAGAUGAACGCCAUCUCUGUCACUCAUAAACCCAAUGCAAUUCAGAUGGCGCUCUCCGUCUGCGAGGACCUCAUCUCGAACCAGGUGUAUGCCAUUCUGGUGAGCCACCCGCCUCAGUCGAAUGACCAUCUGACCCCCACACCCGUGUCCUACACCGCAGGGUUCUACCGUAUCCCUGUGGUUGGGCUCACCACCCGCAUGUCCAUCUAUUCGGACAAGAGCAUCCACCUGUCUUUCUUGCGUACCGUGCCCCCCUACUCCCACCAAGCCCAGGUGUGGUUCGACAUGAUGAGAGAGUUCCGCUGGAACCACAUCAUUCUGAUAGUGAGCGACGACCAUGAGGGCCGCGCUGCCCAGAAGAGGCUGGAGACCCUGUUGGAGGAGAGGGAGACCAAGAAUAAAAACAAGAACUAUGAAAACCUCGACCAACUGUCCUAUGACAACAAGCGAGGACCCAAGGCAGAGAAAGUUCUCCUGUUCAGCCAAGACACCAACCUGACAUCCAUGCUGCUGGAGGCCAAGGACCUGGAGGCUCGCGUCAUCAUCCUCUCUGCCAGCGAGGACGAAGCGGCGUCGGUCUACAAAGCUGCGCGCCAGCUCAACAUGACGGGCUCUGGCUACGUGUGGCUGGUUGGAGAGAGGGAGAUGUCUGGUAAAGCUUUGAGUGAAGCACCAGAUGGCUUGCUCGGCCUUCAGCUCAUCAACGGCAAGAACGAGUCGGCGCAUAUCAACGAUGCCGUGGCCGUGGUGGCACAGUCCAUCCAGGAGCUCUUUGAGAAGGAGAACAUCACAGAACCGCCUCGCGGCUGUGUAGGCAACACAAACAUCUGGAGGACUGGACCGCUCUUCAAACGAGUGCUGAUGUCAUCCAAGUACCCAGAUGGCCUGACAGGACGCAUUGAGUUUAAUGACGAUGGUGACAGGCGGUUUGCUACCUAUAGCAUCCUCAACUACCAAAAGACCAGGCUGGUGCAAGUGGGCAUUUUCAAUGGCACCCAAGUGGUGAUGAAUCCGCAGAGGAAGAUCAUUUGGCCAGGAGGAGAGACGGAGAAGCCAAGAGGAUACCAGAUGUCUACCAGACUAAAGAUAGUAACCAUUCAUCAGGAGCCAUUUGUCUAUGUCCAACCCACAACAAGUGAUGGAACUUGCCAAAAAGAAAAAACUGUAAAUGGACUUAAAGAUGUCCAGAAAGUUAUAUGCACUGGCCCCAAUGGAACCAUCCCAGGACAGCCUAUAGUACCCCAAUGCUGCUACGGCUUUUGCAUUGACCUCUUGAUUAAACUAGCAGAUACCAUGAACUUCACCUAUGAGGUUCAUCUGGUGGCUGAUGGGAAGUUUGGUACACAGGAGCGGGUAAACAACAGCAACAAGAAGGAGUGGAAUGGAAUGAUGGGAGAACUCCUGGGUGGCCUGGCAGACAUGAUUGUGGCUCCGCUCACGAUCAACAACGAACGCGCCCAGUACAUCGAGUUCUCAAAACCCUUUAAGUACCAGGGGCUUACCAUCCUCGUGAAAAAGGAAAUACCACGCAGUACUUUGGAUUCGUUCAUGCAGCCCUUUCAGAGCACCCUGUGGCUGCUGGUGGGUCUAUCGGUCCAUGUGGUGGCGGUGAUGCUCUACCUAUUAGACCGGUUCAGCCCAUUUGGAAGGUUUAAAGUGAAUAGUGAAGAAGAAGAAGAGGACGCCCUCACCUUAUCCUCCGCCAUGUGGUUCUCUUGGGGGGUCCUUUUGAACUCCGGGAUAGGAGAAGGAGCACCCCGGAGCUUUUCAGCAAGGAUCUUAGGUAUGGUGUGGGCUGGAUUUGCCAUGAUCAUUGUGGCAUCCUACACAGCCAAUUUGGCAGCCUUCCUAGUGUUGGACCGGCCUGAGGAGCGCAUCACCGGCAUCAAUGACCCCAGGCUGCGAAACCCAUCAGACAAGUUCAUCUACGCCACAGUGAAGCAGAGUUCGGUGGACAUCUACUUUCGGCGCCAAGUGGAGUUGAGCACCAUGUACCGCCACAUGGAGAAGCACAACUACGAAAGCGCUGCUGAGGCCAUCCAAGCUGUGCGCGACAACAAACUGCACGCGUUCAUCUGGGACUCUGCCGUCUUGGAGUUUGAGGCAUCACAGAAGUGUGACUUGGUGACAACAGGAGAGCUGUUCUUCCGCUCCGGCUUCGGCAUAGGCAUGCGGAAGGACAGCCCUUGGAAGCAAAACGUUUCCCUGUCCAUUCUUAGCUCUCAUGAGAAUGGGUUCAUGGAGGAACUAGAUAAAACAUGGGUGAGAUACCAGGAGUGUGACUCCAGAAGCAAUGCCCCAGCCACCCUCACUUUUGAGAACAUGGCAGGUGUGUUCAUGUUGGUUGCUGGGGGUAUCGUUGCUGGAAUCUUCCUCAUCUUUAUUGAGAUUGCGUAUAAGCGCCACAAAGAUGCCCGCAGGAAGCAGAUGCAGCUGGCCUUCGCUGCGGUCAAUGUGUGGAGGAAGAACCUACAGGAUAGGAAAAGUGAUAGAGCAGAGCCUGACUCCAAACAGAAAACCUCUUUUAGGUCCAUCAGUACCAACCUGGCCUCCAACAUCAAGAGACGUAGGUCCUCCAAAGACACGCCUUAUCCCACGGACAUCACAGGCCAGCUCAACUUGUCAGACCCCUCUGUCAGCACGGUGGUGUGAGAGAUUGAGAGAGAGAGAAAUGAGAGGACUGAAAUGAGAGAGAGGAUCCUGGUUUGGAGACAGAAGCUGGUCCAUUGCUGCUACGCCACCUGAGCCAUUGCCCAUCCUGUUCUCUAUCUACCCACAUAGAACAUGUGUUCUGCUCAUUCCCCACCAAACACGACAGGCGGGAACUGGAUAGCUGACAUCCCACUGACAAACUGUGCCAAUUCACAAUGGAGCCAAACCACCUGUUUUUUCCCACACAGAGGCCUGACCCAGCACAAUGAUAGCUUUAGGUUUAUUUUUUAUAAUCUGCCUGCUAGAGUCAUGUAGUUGUGUACUUUACGUGUGAAACAACAAGAAAUAUAUACAUUUUCUGAUCAUGUCAUUCGCAAUACAUCGUCAUGCACUGUGUUUCUGAUUUCAAUAAGCGAUAGAUUUAAUAGAUCAUGUUUAAGAGUAUUUUGUGAUGUCAAUGUCUUACUACCUCCACUUAUUUAGACAAACCUUAGACAUGUAGGCUACUGUAGUUAGAUGUAUUUGACAUUGUAUUUUCAUAAGGUUUUCCUGUGUUCCAUUUAUCGACAGGUUUUUGUUAGCUUUAGCUAAUACGAUGUAGUGUGGCAAUAACAAUGGACAAGUUGUCAAUUUAUAAAUUAGCAGCAUACAGCUAUGUUAAUAUCUAAGUGUAAAUCCAAGUUAAACACACUUUGUCCAUUGUAGCACUCAUAUCAGCUGCAAUCCCUUUCUUUAGCUAUAGAUGUCUUUCUUAGCCCCUUUUAUGUGUUUAUUUACUUCAUUCUCUCAGUGGUACAGCAUUGAUUGCGUGGCAGACUAUUCUCAGCAUUCAACAAUACUACAAUGUUUCUGAGCCAAACGUCUUUGGCAUGACAUCGGUGAAGGAGUUGCCAUCAACAGAAAUAGACUGGUAACCACUAGUGCUGUAGGCUAUGUUGUUGUUCAUUCAAGAAAAUUGCUCUCUACAUUUGUCGGUUUGACAGUGUUACAUGGUCAUUAAUGCAAAUCAAUUUAUCAGUCAACAUCAAGUCUCUCUAUAUAGCCUAUAUAGUGCCUUCAGAAAGUAUUCAAAUUGUGUUGUGUUACAGCCUGAAUUCAAAAUUGAUUAACUGUUGUUUUUUUUUCACCCCUCUACACACAAUACCCCAUAAAGACAAAGUGAAAACAUGUUUUUAGACAUUUUUGCAAAUAUAUUGUAAAUUAAAUACAAACAUAUCUAAUUUCCAUAACUAUUCAAACCCCUGAGUCAAUACUUUGUUGAAGCACCUUUGGCAGCGAUUACAGCUAGGAGUCUUUCUGGGUAAGUCUCUAAGAGCAUUCCACACCUGGAUUGUGCAACAUUUGCACAUUACUCUUUUCAAAAUUCUUCAAGGCCUGUCAAAUUGGUUGUUGAUCAUUGCUAGAACAACCAUUUUCAGGUCUUGCCAUAUACUUUCAAGUAGAUUCAAGUCAAAACUGUAACUCGGCCACUCAGGAACAUUCACUGUCUUCUUGAUAAGCAACUCCAGUGUAGAUUUGGCCUUGUGUUUUGGGUUAUUGUCCUGCUGAAAGGUGAAUUAAUCUCCCAGUGUCUGGUGGAAAGCAGACUGAACCAGGUUUCCCUCUAGGAUUUUGCCUGUGUUUAGCUCCCAACUUCUCCUUUAUUUAUUUUAUCCUGAAAAACUCCCAAGUCCUUAACGAUUACAAGCAUAACAUAACAAUACUCAUAACAUGAUGCAGCCACCACGAUGCUUGAUAAUAUGGAGAGUGGUACUCAGUAAUGUGUUGUAUUAGAUUUGCCCAAAAGUGUUAAUUGCUUUGCCAUAAUUUUUGCAGUAUUACUUUAGUGCCUUGUUGUAAAAUAUGAUGCAUGUUUUGGAAUCUUCUAAUUAUGUACAGACUUCUUUCUUUUCACUCUGUCAAUUAGGUUAGUAUUGUGGAGUAAGUACAAUGUGGUUGAUUCAUCCUUUUUUUUCUUCUCCUAUCUAGUUUUCUCCUGUCAUAGCCAUUAAACUCUGGAACUGUUUUAAAGUCACCAUUGGCCUCAUGGGGAAAUCCCUGAGUUGUUUCCCUCCUCUCUGGCAACUGAGUUUGGAACGAUGCCUGUACCUUUGUAGUGACUGGGUGUAUUGAUACACUAUCCAAAGUGUAAUUAAUAACUUCACCAUGCUCAAAGGGAUAUUCUACGUCUGUUUUAAAAAAAAAAACCAUCUACCAAUUGGUGCCCUUCUUUGUGGGGCAUUAGAAAACCUCCCUGGUCUUUGUGGUUGAAUCUUUGUUUGAAAUUCACUGCUCGACUGAGGUACCUUACCGAUAAUUGUAUGUGUGGGGUACAGAGAUUAGGUAGUCAUUCAAAAAUCAUCUUAAACACUAUUAUUGUACACAGUCCAUGCAACUUAUGUGACUUGUUAAGUACAUUUUAGCUCCUGAACUUAUUUAGGUUAGCUAUAACAAAGGGGUUGAAUACUUAUUGACUCAAGAAAUGUCCGUUUAUCAUUUUUCAUUAAUUUGUCAAAUAAAAUUAAAAACAUAAUUCCGCUUUGACAUUAUGGGAUAUUGUGUAGUCCAGUGACACAACAUCUCAAUGUAAUCAAUUUUAUAUUCAGGUUGUAACAUAACAACGUGGAAAAAGUCAAUGGGUGUGAAUACUUUCUGAAGACACUGUGUCUCUCUACAUAGUCUCUUUUAUAUCAUGCCAUUAUUGAGGAUAUUGUGACGUGUACAUGAUUUCUGGAUGUUUUGAGCCUAGACUGCACUGACAAUGAUUGUCUCUCUUUGGCUCAAAAUAUCCUGUAAUGAUAUCUAUGUUAUCGUGGUGUGUAUAUUAUGUAUAUGUGUAUAUAAAUAUAUAUAUAUAUAUAUACAUAUAUAAGUUCUUUCAACCUUAGGGGCGUUCUGGUAAUCGGCUAAGAUGGCUGUUGUAGCUGUGUGAUUAACCCUAUAAGUUAAUGACCUAUACUACUUUGUAUUCCUAAUAUAAUAAUAUAUUUCACUAUAUCACUGUAUUUUUGCUUUAUAUGUGAGAUUAGAUUAAUAAAAUCCCUCACCCUUUCCUAUUUCUCUUACUGCAUUUACACCGACAUUUAGUCUGUCAAUAGCAAAUUGAUUAAUUGCAAAAACUACAUAUUGUAAAAAAGUUUGUUUCCUGCAAAAACCUGUCAGAGAUCCUUCGGUGUAGCUAAAGUGUAUCCUGGCAUGUUCCUGACUCAAGAUCUGAAACACUGUUUAGCACUUUUGUCUUAAAGAUCCAAUGCAGCCGUUUUUAUCUCAAUAUCAAAUCAUUUCUGGGUGACAAUUAAGUACCUUACAGUACUGUGAUUGUUUUCAUUUAAAAUGGACAAAAAGAAUUGCUUGAGCAAUUUCUCAAGCAAGAAUUUAGCUAGGACUGUCUGGGAGUGGUCUGAGUGGGGAGCGGAAAACUGGAACUCUCUUUCUUAUUGGUUUAUUAACUAAUUUACUGCCAAAACUCCAUCCCACCAAAACAGGCUGAAAUUUCAGGCGGUCUUUUCAAACAGCUCUUACACUGAAAGGACAUUAUCUUAAUUUUCACAAUUUCACAGUAUUAUUCUAACCACAUGGUGUAUAUAUAUAAAAUAUAUAUAUAUAAAACAAAGGGAAAACAAUGUUUUUGACUGCACUGGGCCUUUAAACAAUCAACAUGAGGGCUUUGCUCAUAAUUGUGAGAAAUUAAGAAUGUGAAAUAUAUACCUGUAACUGUUACUAUACCUGUAUUUUAUGGGCCGAGAAGAUGUUAUUGUGCAAUAGGCUCGUUUUAAAUGUUGAUGGUUUUAGAGAGAGACAUGAAUUGAUCUGUCUGGAAUAAUUUUUGAAUUUUUUAUUAUGGUUUCAGUAUUGACGGGCUCAAUUUUGCAUAGGUGUUCCAUUUAUCAUUCAAGUGAAAUAAUGUGGGGAAAUAUAUUAAUUAUUACUUAUAACAAUGUAGCCAUCAACUAGAGAUCGGAAGUUUAGCUUUGGUUGUGUCAAUGUUCUCAUGGAUACUGAAAAUAUACCUAAAUGAUUAUGUAAGUAUAAUAAUUAUUAAUGAAGUUUAAAUUGAGGUAGAAAUAUUUGAUAAUCUAAUUUCUCAAAACAGAGUAUUUAUUCAGAAUUGUAACUCGAAAUGGUUGGGUUUGUUUAGGCUGUGAAAAUUUCUGUUCUGUUAGCCAAUAAAGUUCAGUAGUUGCAAUGCUUGGGAAAACAGAUUACAUUGGAUUGUGUGAUAGCACUACAGACUGUGAUUAAAUUGUACAAUUGUCGUUCAGGCGACUCAAAACAUAUUCAACAACACAGUUCUGUAUUAUUUUAAUGUAAAAUUACAAUUUUGCAGGGCUUUAAGAUAUAGUAAGUUACUAUAACUUGAUUAUCAAUCACUACCAAAUGUGCUUUGAAUAUCAUUCCUAUAUUGUGUGAAUAAUGACUAUACAUUAUAAUAUCUGUUUGUAAUAGAAAUCAGUUGUACUAAUAAAAUGUCUGAUAUAUUAAAUGCUA